AGGAUACGAAUAUUUCUUAUGAUAUAAACAAACUGAGAGUACGUAGAUGCAGGAGGAAAAAGUUAUUGCUUAAAAUUUCAAAGCUACGAUCGAGGCGAAACCACAUAUGCGGGACCCACCAAACUCUAGGAAGUGAACAACAACCGUAGCAUCAGACAGAGGUAGUGGCAGCGCAACCAUACAGACGUAAACACACACUUAACAACAUAGGAAAUUGUUGAGAAUUCACGCUGGCGGUGAAGAACGUUUCUGCGACGGCGGCGGACCAGCUCGGCGUCACGCUGAUUUCCGAUGAGGAAAACCUUGCGGCUGUUGACAUCCCCGAUACCGCGCAUCAAAUUAGCACCGAUUCGUGGUUUCAGGUGGGGUUUGUGCUGACUACGGGCAUCAACAGCGCGUAUGUGCUUGGAUAUUCUGGGACCAUCAUGGUACCCCUGGGUUGGCAAUGGGGUGUGAUUGGUUUGAUUCUCGCCACUGCGAUUUCGCUCUACGCCAACGCUCUUAUUGCUAGGCUUCAUGAAUUUGGAGGAACAAGGCAUAUUCGAUACAGAGAUCUUGCUGGAUUUAUAUAUGGGAGCAAAGCUUAUUCCCUCACAUGGACUCUGCAGUAUAUCAAUCUUUUCAUGAUAAAUGUUGGCUACAUCAUUUUGGCUGGUUCGGCUUUGAAGGCUGCUUAUGUUCUAUUUAGGGAAGACGAUGGGAUGAAGCUUCCUUAUUUUAUUGCCAUAGCUGGAUUGGUUUGUGCAAUGUUUGCCAUUUGUAUUCCCCAUUUAUCGGCUCUUGGAAUUUGGCUGGGACUUUCAACAGUCUUGAGCCUGGUGUAUAUUGUUAUAGCAUUUGUUCUGUCGGUCAAAGAGGGUAUAAAAUCACCUCCUCGUGAUUAUAGUAUUCCGGGGACACCAACAAGUAAAAUAUUCACAACAAUUGGGGCAUCUGCUAAUCUUGUGUUUGCAUAUAAUACAGGAAUGCUUCCUGAGAUACAGGCAACCAUCAAGCAGCCGGUUGUGAAGAACAUGAUGAAAGCUCUGUACUUUCAGUUUACCGUUGGAGUUCUGCCGUUAUAUAUGGUAACAUUUGGAGGAUACUGGGCUUACGGAUCUUCAACACCAACCUAUUUGAUGGCUGGUGUAAAUGGUCCAGUCUGGGCUAAGGCCAUGGCCAAUAUUGCAGCUUUUCUUCAAUCAGUCAUUGCAUUGCAUAUAUUUGCGAGUCCAAUGUAUGAGUAUUUGGAUACCAAACAUGGGAUCAAAGGGAGUGCUCUGGCUUUUAGGAACUUGUCAUUUCGAAUCAUGGUGAGAGGUGGGUACCUCGCUAUAAAUACGUUUGUAUCAGCUGUAUUGCCAUUUCUUGGAGAUUUCAUGAGCCUCACUGGAGCAAUCAGCACAUUUCCCCUUACAUUUAUCCUUGCAAACCAUAUGUACCUGGUGACACAGAAAAACAAACUAACGUCCAUCCAGAAGCUCUGGCAUUGGAUCAAUAUUUGUUUCUUUGCCAUCUUGUCUGCUGCGGCAACUAUUGCAGCCCUGCGGCUUAUUGCUUUAGACUCCAAAACCUACCAUCCUUUUGCAGAUAUAUGAUUAAAUGCAUUUUAUUCUUUCGGCAAUUGUAGUUACAGUGGGUUUUGCUUCACAUAUGCUUUCGUUAAAAAUAACUACUUGGUAUGUCUCCAUGAUGCAAAGGGGUUCUUUUCUCAUGUAAGAAAAUUUUAUUUAACAUUC